AUGGCAUCACAGAAUAACAAUAAUAAUGGAACUAAUACAUCAUCAGGUACUACAAAAAAUAAUAAUAAUCAACAACAACAACAACAAUCUACAGAUAUAAAUAAUAACAUAGACAAAACGAGUAAUAGUCAACGUACUACUGUUGAUGAUUCACGUUUUAAACCUAUGCGACGUUCAAAACGAGCUGGUGUUGUCUUUCCUGUUCAUCGUAUUCAUCGUACUUUAAAAGAAGGUCGUUAUGCUAAACAAAUCCGUGAUGGUGCUGCUGUGUAUAUGGCCGGCGUACUUGAAUAUUUGGUUGCUGAAGUGUGUGAAUUAGCAGGUAAUGCUGCUCGAGAUGAUAAAAAACGUCGUAUUACACCACGUCAUGUCUGUUUAGGCAUUCGUAAUGAUGAAGAAUUAAAUAAAUUAUGUGAAAAUGUAACUAUUGCUGAAGGUGGUGUUUUACCUAAUCUUCAUGAAGUAUUACUUCAAUCAAAGAAGAAAAGUCACAGUUCGAAAGGCAAAAAAUCAACUUCAUCAAGUCAAAAUAAUUCUGUUAAUGCAGAUAGUACUGAUGAUGAUAAUGAUGAUACCAUGGAUGAAUAA